AAAAAAUAAAAAAUAGCCGAUUCAAGAGAGGUAACUCUAAUUCUCUUCAUACAGUUCGGCCAUUUUCUUAGCUCUACGGUCGGGGCACGUCAAGGGCAUCUGUAAAUAAUGGCAUCCCGAGCGUGUAGAACAUUGGCAAGACCUUUGAAGGGACGAUUAUAUUCCAGCCAGGCAGCACCAUCUCGAUCUGAGACGGCAUCAUCAUUGCCCAAACAAGGACCUAAGCUGACUAAGUUGCCGAAUGGCUUGUUGGUUGCAUCUCUCGAGAACAAUUCGCCGAUCUCCCAUGUUUCCGUGGUGAUAAACGGAGGGUCAAGGUUCGAGGAGGGACAUGACAUCGGAGUCACUCACUGCUUGAGAGCUGCUGCUGGACUGACUACCAAUAACUCAACGAUGUUUGGAAUCACCAAACACAUCCAGCAAACUGGAGGUGACCUGAAGUGUAUGUCGACCAGGGAGUAUGUAUACUACACUGUAGAGUGUACUAGAAAUCACAUAGGUGUUGCUUUCAACUUCCUCCGAGACAUCACAACAACUCCCGCCUUUAAACCGUGGGAGGUUGCCGAUAUCCAAGCAAAGCUGGCUCUUGACUUGGGCAUUCUGAAGACCCAGCCUCAUAUUCGUGUUUUUGAAUUGCUGCACAAGGCUGCAUUCAGGAAUUCCCUUGGAAAUUCUUUGUAUGCCCCAAAGCAUAUGUUUGGCAAAUAUUCCAGUGAACAGCUGAUGCACUUUGUGAAGAACUACUACACUAGUGGGCGUAUGGCGCUGGUUGGUGUCGGGGUGGACCAUGACUAUUUGGUAGCUGAAGGAAAUAAAUUCACCCCGUUUGAUUCCACUGGAGCAACUGGAGUGAAAACAAAAUACCAUGGAGGUGAGAUGAGAAAGGCCACAGGUGCUAAUCUAACAUUCUCUGCUGUAGCAGUAGAAGGACCAAGUCUGGGAAGUCCGGAGAUGUUUCAUGCCGGGGUACUGCAGAAUGUGAUGGGAAGAGGCCCGUAUGUCAAGUGGGGCACAAACCAUACCUCUCGAAUAGGCCAUGCAGUCAGCCAGUGUACGGGACUGCCCAGUGCUGUGUCCUGCAUCAAUGUCAAUUACACAGAUGGUGGAUUGUUUGGAUUCUUUGCUGUUACUAACCCUGACGAUGCAGAAAAGGUUCUAAAGACGGCGAUGGAGCAGUUUUUAUCUGUAAAAAAAACUGGAAUCAAGGACGAGGAAUUUGCCAGAGCCAUAACUCAGCUGAAGAGUCAGAUUGCGAUGUAUUUUGAGAAGCAGGACAAUGUUCUCAUUGAUCUUGCCGAGCAGACUCUGGGCCAUCAGAAGGUUGCAACCAUGGAUGACAUCUUCAAACAAAUCGAUGCCAUCACAAAAGAUGAUGUGGUCAAACUUGCUACAAAAUUCAGCAAGGGAAAGACUUCCAUGGCUGUUCUCGGUGAUCUGACCAAGACCCCAUAUAUGGAUCAGUUGUUAAAAUAAUCAAGUGUUGUCCUGAUAGAGGUUUUACAACAAUCCUUUAAUAACGAACACCAGAAACAGUUUGAACUGCAGCGGAAUUCUUUAUACAGUGACAUUAUUUGCUCUACAUUACAGACUUAAAUUAUGUAUGGACGUCACCAGUGCUUGUGAAAUUUGGAAAAUUAUAAAAUAGGUUGAAUUAAAAAUAUUCUGUCAAGUUUU